GGUUGCAUGGCUCCGGGCUUGCGCUGAAGUCAGUGCCAGUCCCCAAGUCUCCAGGCGUCAGGGCUGCAGCCUAACAGGCUCAGCGCGGGCAGCGCGGGGACUGGACGGCUGGACAGACUGGCUGGCUGGCUACCUGGUUGGUUUGCUGAGGUCUGUGUCGCAAUGGCUGCUGGUUUCCAACAGGAGAUCUUGCUGGCUGAGCACAUUUGUGACCCAGGAAAUAGCCGCUAAAUGUCUGGGGUGCAGGCACGAGGCCGGUGUGUGUUCUAAGGUCCGAGCAGCCCAGCCCCGCCCACCAUGGACCCGGACCCGCAGGCGGGCGUGCAGGUGGGCAUGCGCGUGGUGCGCGGUGUGGACUGGAAGUGGGGCCCGCAGGACAACGGUGAAGGCGGAGUGGGCACGGUGGUGGAGCUCGGCCGCCACGGCAGCCCCUCGACUCCCGACCGCACCGUAGUCGUGCAGUGGGACCACGGCACCCGGACCAACUACCGCGCGGGAUACCAGGGCGGGCAUGACCUGCUGCUCUACGACAACGCCCAGAUCGGCAUCCGGCACCCCAACAUCAUCUGUGACUGCUGCAAGAAGCAUGGGCUGCGGGGCAUGCGCUGGAAGUGCCUCGUCUGCUUCGACUUCGACCUGUGCACGCAGUGCUACAUGCAAAACAAGCACGACCUCACGCAUGCCUUCGAGCGCUACGAGACGGCCCACUCGCGCCCGGUCGCACUGAGUCCCCGCGAGGGCCUCUCAAGGGUCCCGUUGAGAGGCAUCUUCCAGGGGGCGAUGGUGGUGCGUGGCCCCGACUGGGAAUGGGGCUCGCAGGAUGGAGGGGAAGGGAAGCCAGGUCGUGUGGUGGACAUUCGCGGCUGGGACGUGGAGACAGGCCGGAGCGUGGCCAGUGUAACGUGGGCCGAUGGCACCACCAAUGUGUACCGCAUGGGCCACAAGGGCAAGGUGGACCUCAGGUGUGUGGGAGAGGCGGCCGGCGGCUUCUACUACAAGGAGCACCUCCCCAUGCUGGGGAAGCCAGCAGAGCUGCAGCGCAGGGUGAGUGCUGAUGGCCAGCCCCUCCAGCCUGGGGACAAGGUGAAGUGUCUGCUAGACACAGACGUCCUGAGAGAGAUGCAGGAAGGCCACGGCGGGUGGAACCCCAGGAUGGCGGAGUUUAUCGGACAGAUGGGCACCGUGCACCACAUCACAGACCGUGGGGACGUGCGUGUGCAGUUCAGCCACGAGACCUGCUGGACCUUCCACCCUAGGGCUCUCACGAAGCACAACGCCUUCUGGGCGGGCGAUGUGGUACGGGUCAUCGACGACCUUGACGUGGUGAAGCGGCUGCAGGCCGGGCAUGGCGAGUGGACAGAUGACAUGGCCCCUGCCCUGGGCCGUGUCGGGAAAGUGGUGAAGCUUUUCGGAGACGGGAACCUGUGUGUGGCGGUCGGUGGUCAGCUGUGGACCUUCAGUCCCUCCUGCCUGGUGGCCUACCGGCCUGAGGAAGACACCAACCUGGACGUGGCUGAGCGCGCCAGGGAAAACAAAAGCUCCCUGAGCGUCACCCUGGACAAGCUUCGAGCCCAGAAGAGUGACCCGGAACACCCAGGGAGGCUGGUGGCCGAAGUGGCCAUGGGCAACGUGGCCCGGGCUCUGGACCUGCUGUGCAGGCACCCAGAGGAGGUGGACACCAAGAACCAAGGCAGAACCGCCCUGCAGGUGGCUGCCUACCUGGGCCAGGUGGAGCUGGUGCGACUGCUGCUGCAGGCUCGGGCCAGCGUGGACCUGCCUGACGAUGAGGGCAACACGGCCCUGCACUAUGCAGCCCUGGGGAACCAGCCUGAGGCUACCCGGCUGCUCCUGAGUGCAGGGUGCCGAGCCGACGUCCUCAACGGCACCCGGAGUGCAGCCCUGCACGUGGCCGUGCAGAGGGGCUUCCUGGAGGUGGUGAGGGUCCUCUGUGAGCGCGGCUGUGAUGUCAACCUGCCAGACGCCCACGGUAACACACCCCUGCACUGUGCCAUCUCCGCCGGCGCCGGUGCCAGUGGCAUUGUGGAGGUUCUCACCGAGGUGCCGGCCAUCGACGUCACUGCCACCAACAGUCAGGGCUUCACCCUGUUGCACCUUGCAGCCCUCAAGGGCCACACGCUAGCUGUCAGGAGGAUUCUAGCUCGGGCACGGCAGCUGGUGGAUGCCAAGAAGGAGGACGGUUUCACGGCGUUGCACCUGGCUGCCCUCAACAAGCACUGGGAGGUGGCGCAGAUCCUCAUCCGGGAGGGCCGCUGUGACGUGAAUGUUCGAAACCGUAAGCUCCAGUCCCCACUCCACCUGGCGGUGCAGCAGGCACACGUAGGGCUGCUGCUGCUGCUACUGGACGCUGGCUGCAGCGUUAAUGCCGAGGACGAGGAUGGGGACACAGCCCUGCACGUGGCCCUGCAGCGUCAUCAGCUGCUGCCCCUGGCGGCUGACGGGGCCGGGGGGGACCCAGGGCCCUUGCAGCUGCUGUCCAGGCUACAGGCCUCGGGCCUCCCCGUUGGCACGGAGCUGACAGUGGGCGUGGCGGUCGCCUGCUACCUGGCGCUGGAGGGCGCAGACGUGAGCUACGCCAAUCACCGCGGCCAGAGCCCACUGGACCUGGCUGCAGAGGGCCGUGUGCUCAAGGCCCUGCAGGGCUGUGCCCAACGCUUCCGGGAGCGGCAGGCAGGCGGGGGCGGAGGCGCGGCCCCGUGCCCCAGGCUGGUGCUCAGCACGCCCAACACCGUGACGAACCUGCACGUGGCGGCGCCGUCCGGGCCCGAGGCCGCGGAGUGCCUGGUGUGCUCGGAGCUGGCUCUGCUGGUACUGUUUUCUCCGUGCCAGCACCGUACGGUGUGCGAGGAGUGCGCGCGCAGGAUGAAGAAAUGCAUCAGGUGCCAGGUGGUCAUCGGCAAGAAGCUGCGCUCAGACGGCACCGAGGUGGCGAGCGCGGCCCCGCCGCCCGGCCCGCCGCGGCAGCUCGUGGAGGAGUUGCAGAGUCGCUACAGGCAGAUGGAGGAGCGCAUCACCUGCCCCAUCUGCAUCGACAGCCACAUCCGCCUCGUGUUCCAGUGCGGCCACGGCGCCUGCGCGCCCUGCGGCGCUGCGCUCAGCGCCUGCCCCAUCUGCCGCCAGCCGGUCCGCGACCGCAUCCAGAUCUUCGUGUAGCCGCGCCCCCGUCGCUCCGGAGCCACGUCCCACCAUCGCCCUCGCGAGCCACCCUCCCCCGCACCGUGUUUUAUAAAAAGAUUCACGGAC